UAAGGUGUUCGGUGGCUUUCUUCCCCGAUUAGUAACCUGGUCAGUACCGAUGGGGAUACUCGAGCGACAGCAACCCCAGAGAGUUUAAGGAAGACAGUUGUGUUUACUCAAUAUAGUCUCUUAAGAAUACGCAAAACACUUGUCACUUUUGGUACUGUCACCAUGGAUACAUGCGCAUCGCAAUAGCAGUGGAAGAGCUUCCAGUCAGGUGCUGCUGAUACCUGGCCAUACGCAUGCGCAUUACAAGGACAUUCAUUAGUAAUAAUUAAGCUGCUGUACUCAUUAUGAUGUUCUGAUAUAGAAAGAGCAAUGCCUUUUAGAGAAUGUGAAAAUGUCUGUUAAAACGGAAAUGAUUUUAAUGGGCAAUGUUGCCAAGAAGAAAGAACUGUGUCGUCGCUCUCUCCAACCUUAGAGUAUCGGUUAACUUAUAGUAUUGGAUUUACAUUAGCUCUGGAUGCCCACGUGAAAUAAAUAUGCCCGGAGCGAGGAGGGGGCUUGUCGCCCCCCAAAAUACAUUUUUGGAGAACAUCAUCAGAAGGUCCAAUGGCCAACAUAGCAGCUUCCUGCUGGCAAAUGCCCGGAUCAUGGACUACCCCAUCGUCUACUGCAAUGACGGGUUCUGUAAGCUGUCUGGGUAUAACCGGGCCGAGGUCAUGCAGAAGAGCAGCACGUGCAGUUUUAUGUACGGCGACCUGUCGGACAAGGAGACGGUGGACAAGAUCGAGAGUUCGUUUGAAGACAUGGAGCAAACACAAGUAGAGAUCCUGCUCUACAAGAAAAACCGUACCCCACUAUGGCUCCUGUUGCACAUUGCACCGAUCAGAAACGAGAAGGAACAGGUGGUGCUGUUUCUGUGUACAUUCAAGGACAUCACGGCCCUAAAGCAGCCAAUCGACGAGGAGGGCAGUUUGAGCAAAUUCGCCAGGUUGGCGCGUUCUGUUACCAGGAACAGAUCCACUCUUCUACAGUUCUCCUCUCACAUGCCAACCACAAAGUUCGACAACUCCAAACCAUCACAAAUUGCAAACAUGAUGAGUUUAAAUUCUGAUGUUUUACCACAAUAUCGACUAGAAGCGCCAAAAACGCCACCUCAUAUCAUUCUUCAUUACUGCUUGUUCAAAACCGUUUGGGACUGGAUCAUCCUGUUUCUGACUUUUUACACAGCUGUGACGGUCCCCUACAACACCGCCUUUAAAAACAAAACCAUGGACCAAGUUCCGCUUCUCGUCAUCGACAGUAUCGUUGACGUCGUCUUCUUUGUCGACAUUAUCCUCAAUUUCCACACAACGUUUGUGGGACCUAGUGGGGAGGUCAUCUCCGAUUCUAAAAUUAUCCGAAUGAACUAUUUGAAGAGUUGGUUCGUGGUUGACGUGUUGUCUUGUCUCCCCUAUGAUGUGUUCAAUGCAUUCCAAUAUGUUGAUGACGGUAUCAGUACUCUUUUCAGUGCAUUGAAAGUUGUCCGUUUAUUAAGACUUGGUCGAGUUGUCCGAAAAUUGGAUCAUUAUUUGGAGUAUGGAGCAGCCAUGCUUGUUCUCCUCAUCCUUGUGUUUAUUCUAUUUGCUCACUGGUUUGCGUGUGGUUGGUACAGUAUUGGAUUAAGCGAAAUUCAGAGCGGAAUAUCCUACGGAUGGUUGACCUUUUUAUCCAACACCACUGGGGACGUUUUUUAUUUUGCGAACACUACCGUGAAUCCUGACGUCACAGGAGGCCCCGGGAAGGGGAUGCGGUACUUGACAUCACUUUAUUUCACUCUUUCAUGCAUGACCGGUGUAGGAUUUGGGAAUGUAGCAGCUAAUACAGAGCAUGAGAAGCUAUUUUCAAUUUUUAUGAUGAUAAUUGGAGCUCUUCUCUAUGCACUUAUAUUUUCCAACGUGACAACCAUAUUUCAACAGUUCUACGCUAACUUUGCACGCUACCACGAUAUGCUAAAUAGUGUGCGUGAAUUCAUGAAGUUGCACGAUGUCCCGAAAUCUCUGAGUGAGCGAGUGAUGGACUACAUCGUGUCUACUUGGGCAAUCACAAAAGGAAUCGAUGCAACCAAGGUCCUGAAUUAUUGCCCGAAAGAUAUGAAGGCAGAUCUAUGUGUUCAUCUAAAUCGAAAGGUGUUCCUAGAGCAUCCAGCCUUUCGGCUAGCAAGCGAUGGUUGCUUGCGGGCCCUUGCUAUGCAUUUCAACAUGACCCACAGUGCACCGGGCGAUCUGAUUUUCCACCAAGGAGAGAGUCUUGAUGCGUUAUGUUUUGUCGUCACGGGGUCACUAGAGGUCAUACAGGACGACGAAGUUGUUGCCAUUCUCAGUAAGGGUGAUGUCUUUGGUGACAAUUUCUGGAAAGAACACACUAUUGGUCAGUCAACGGCAAACGUGCGAGCGUUGACCUACUGUGACCUUCACACCAUCAAACGAGGCCGACUGUUGGAAGUGCUGGAGUUUUACCACGCCUUUGCCAACUCUUUUGCUAGGAACCUGACUCUAACCUACAACCUCAGACACAGGCUUAUCUUCCGAAAAGUGGCCGACGUAAAGAAAGAGAAAGAACUUGCCGAAAAAAGAAAAAAUGACCCUCCUUUGGAAUUAUCCAGUGACCAUCCAGUUCGAAAACUGAUCUCCAGGUUCAGAAAAAUAAGUGACGCCAAGGCGAUGCAAACCAACACGGACCCCGAAAAGGGGAGCAAGUCGGACAUGAACGGAGGGGAAAGAGGGGGGACGGAGAAGUCUCGAAGUUUUGCUCGCCUUAUAAACGUGUCCGAAAACUCGGCGCCUAAAACCGGGGGAGGGUCCUCGAAGUGGGGGAAGAUGAUGAACGGUUCCGGUCCUCCAGACGGUGAGGGCAAACAAAACAAACCAAAUAACGAAAGCAAGGAAGACUUGAGGAAUGGGGAUCUUCAAAAACCACAAUCAAAACCUGGCUCCAAAUGGGGCAAAAUGGUGGGAAAGAAUUCAGAACCCACCAAGGAACACGAGAAGGAAGAAACCCAAAAUAACUUACGGAAGACUGAAUCAGUGGAUAGUGGGAUAAUUCGCAGUAACGUGAAACUCGACCAUAUAAAUGAGGAAACGAUCGAACAAUCUUUGGUUGUGCGGCCCGAGACCAAUAAUAACCAAUCUGUCUCCGCCAUGUCAUUGGCCGAGCGUCACAUGCUUACAUCCCUUCAUGACAUCAAACUGGAGAUGAAGGAAGAUAUGGACAUCUUACACCAAAAGAUGAAUAGAAUAGAUGAACAGAUCGCCGAAAUUCUGCGAAUGUUUUCUCCCAGUACCUCUUCUUGUUCCUCCCACGAAAAUUCACAGGAGACUGAUGGUGGGGCGGAGGCAGAAACAACAGAGGAGGAGGAGGCAAAACCAGUGGUUCUUAUCCGGGAUGUUGACUUUAUUCCCAAAAUGAACUCUGAAAAAAGUUCACUUUAUAUUCCGCGCGACCACAACGUCAACUCUACGCAGUCUAAUUCGACGUCGUACGGCGUUUCUCCGGUCAGCGGAAACUCCUCAACAGGAAGUGGCGUACAAUUGGCGAACAGUGGCGUAUCGCCCAAUAAUAUAGGGCAACAGUCGAAUACAGGAGGUUCUUACUCAAGUCCGACUGACACAAAUGAAGCCAAUUUGUCGUAUAAUUCUGCAUCAAGAGAAUCAGCAGAUAGUAACCAUUUGCAACCGCCAACAUCAGACCUUGUAUCAAAUUCGAGUCGUACACAAUCCCCGAAUGUUGCUGAUUCCACAAAUCCAAAUAUUGAACCCGAUCCUUCAACAACGAAGGAUCCAAAUGGAACAUCAAAAAAUGUUCACAUGAAAAAUAAUCAAGCGAAGGAGGGAACGCAAAGAAGCAGUACACCAAUAAAUUCCAAUACAACAAAUAUUCCUGGAAAUAAUAGAAACAUUUCGCCAAGUCCGGGUGUUCAUAGAGGUGUAUCACCCAUUGGAAGAAAUAUCUCAUCACCUAAUAACGAUACAAAGAAAAUUAAUCAAGGGAGACCAACCAGUAGAGAUAAGGCAGUAAUAGCACAGGAAACGGGAAGUUCAAAGCCUUCUUCCCCGCUUCGACAUGAGGGAAACCAAUCUAAUAAAGAAGAAUUUAUUGGAAGUGGAAGGGAUAAGGAAGCUAUUCAGAGAGAAACCAGUGGUUCGAAAUUAACAUCUUUACCGAGUUCUGAUAUAAACAAUAGUAAAUAUAAUGGGCAGACAUCUUCUAACAAAAACAAUGAACCCGUUUCAAACGAAAAGAAAGAUUCAAACUCGUCUUCUACAAACAGUCAAGAUAGAUAUCCAACAACUGGAGUUACACGCCAACCAACAACUGGACAAAAUACAUCCAGACCGUUAAGUGGAAAUAAAACUUCAAAUCCCAGUAGCACAGCUAGUUCCGGAGCAACGUCACCAUCCGGAAGUGGACAAAGUGCCGGGUCCAAGGAAGGCGCAGUAUCAAAAGCAGACGAAUAUCCGUUGAUGCUGGCGUUGGGACCGGCGGCAGGGUAUUCUGCUAACCCUAUGGGAAUGUCCACCACACCGCGGCCGAUUUCUCCCAAACUUUCAUCGCGUCAGGUAACAUCGUCCCUAGGACCUGCCGCGUCUGUCAGUGACGUUAGCGUAAUUGACGCUUCUAGUCCUCGGAAUGUGAUGUCUAUGGCGGAGGAUGUACUUAAAAUGAAAACCAAGAGUCCCCGGCCCGCCAUUAGUCCCGGCCUUAAAUACAGUUCAAACAUCCAGAAAAUAAGUAAAGCAAGGAUAGACGGACGUCCGGACACACGACGACUUGCGGGCGGAAUUAAGAUACCUCUGGACACAGACGAGGCUCAUAUCAAAGACAGGGACCUUGACAUCUUAUGAUGCUUCGUAAGUGGUAUUCCGGAGAUAUUCUCGACUUUUGUGCACGAGUUGUUGUUAGUGAUGUAAGACAUUUCAAGCGAUGUGAUAGAUUCCCGCCAAGUGACUGCUCGUACUAACUCAAACUCAGGAUUUCCGUUUCUGUCCUGUGAGAUGUGAGCGAACGAACUGUUCCGAUUAGUUAUGACGUUGUGGUUGCCAUGACGAUGUUUUAAAAAAAAUACUGUUGAAUUUUUGUUUGUUGACACAUAUCAUGAUAUAGAUUCAUUAUGAAAUGCAUUUUACCGGAGUCGGUAAACAGAUAUACCAGUAGUAAGAUGUCAGCUUAUGACAAUUUUAAAAGUACAUGUACUAAAAACCAAAUCAAAUUAUCAAAACCCACUAUCAAUAGACCAAGUGAAAAGCCAAAACCUCCAUUAUUAUUAUAGUCAUAUUUACUGUUAGAUAUCUGUGACGUAAAACCCGAUUUGGGGGCAAGUGGUGAUGAGCAAUGUUUGACCCCCUCCCCCCUUCCGAGUUUUUUUUAAAAAUUCAAUAUCCAUUGCCCCACAACCAUUUACAUGUAACAGACCAGAUUAUACUUCUCCGAAGCAUUUCAACCAUGAACCUUGCAUUGUUGACAUUUUUAGAUUCUAGCUAUUUGUUUCUGCCGAUGGGCUUUCGUUGAUGAUUAUAACUGUUAAUAAGACGAUUUUUCAAAGGUUAUUGAGAAUGAUCAUUUUACGAGAUGUCUGAAUAUUUUGAACACUAUUAUAAUCAAGGGAAGAGGGAAACGGGGGUGGGGCUAUUCUAUUGUUUUACUAUCAUUUACAUAGUUUUUUUUAUUAUUCAUGUAGAAAGUCUUCUAACGAAAAUCCUAAGAGUAUAAAAUUGGGGGUUUUCCCAAAUAUUUAAUAAGCGUGUUUGAAAAUUCCACCAUUUUUUCAAAACCAUGCAAAUAACUGAUUUAAUUAUUUAAUUUUACUUUGAGAUUGGACAACAAUGUUAAACCGACAGGGUAUGUGAUUUUAAACGGUGGCCUACAUUGUUGUACAAACAGGGUAUGUGGUUUUGGUGCAUGUGCAACGGUGUUCCUGUUCAUGAUUCUACAUGCUUUAUAUUAAAGAUAUCUCUUUUGUAGAUUUGAACCUUAUCUAUAGAUUUAUCAUUUAAAUACGUUUAAAAUUAGUUUGCAAUUACCCCUUAGCCCACACGUUUUAACACUGCCUUCUCGACAUGAAUAUUGUUUAUGUAUGCCAAAAUUAUUUGUAUCCAUAAAUAAAACAUUGAGGGCAAAGACGAAACACACGUCAUUACGAAACCAAUUUUGAGUUCUAAAAUUAUAAUUGGACAAUGUCCGAACCCGACCCUGACCCCAUUCUUUUCCAGACACGAGCUGCACGUAGAUUAUUUUGAUUGCAAUAACCCUAUUGUGACGAGUACCUCCAUGUUAACCCGUGAAUUGUGAUAUCUUGUUACGAUUUUUAAUUAUACUUCUCUACCUUUCCAUUGGAUGUAGUAGUCAUGUGACGACAUUCCCAAAGUUUCAUCACCUUAGUUACAUUUUUUAAAGUUUCACUUUGAAUAAAUUUGAAAUAAAACAAUUGUUGAAGUG